GUCAAUGACGUCAGGGCACCAACCUUUCUGAAGAGCGCAGAUACAAUUUAUGAGCACAGAAGUAGGGCAAAAUGUGUUUUAGUGUCACUGAACACGAUUUCUGGAACUCGAAACAUUAGAUAAUAUAUCUAUGUAGUUGUUAAGUGAAACUGUAAGUCAUGUACAGUGAACGCGAGUGUUUGUAUAGAUGUAAACACAUGUGUUCAUUCCCAUGGACGCUAUUUCUAUCAGUCCUGGUGAUUAAACAGCAGCAGUCUGUUAUAUCUUCAUCUGUGGAGGUUCAAGUGAAUGUUGACGAGCAACUACGAAACCUGAAGCACUUUUGGAGAAGCACUGGAUUCUGCCCUCCACAGCCACACACUGAUGCACACCUGUAUGAUCUCAGUCCAGACCAGCAGAUGAAUCUGGCUUUGAUCGGCUCUGUGCCGCACAGAGGAAUCCAGCAGGUGCGGAUACACUGGAUGCUGGAGCUGGUGUCCGCACGAGUUUACAGUGGAGAAUAUCACUACAACUUCACUCACUUAGACCAGCUGAUUGACCUCCUCUGGCAGAAUGGACUGCAGCCGGGGUUUGAACUGAUGGGCAGCGUGUCCAACACCUUUAGCAACUUUGAGGACAAAAGACAAGUUACUGAAUGGAGGAAUUUGGUCUUUUUGAUCGCCAAAAGAUACAUAUGGAAAUACGGCCUUGGCUUUGUCUCUCAGUGGAACUUCGAGACGUGGAAUGAGCCGAACAACCACGACUUUGACAACAUCACUGUGUCAAUCCAAGGGUUUAUGAACUAUUAUGAUGCCUGCUCUGAGGGCCUUCGUACAGCGAGUCCACUCUUGAAGUUCGGGGGUCCGGGAGACUCCUGUCAUUCUCCGCCCCGCUCGCCGUACUGCUGGGAGAUGCUACAGCACUGUUACAAUGGCACAAACUACUUCACUGGAGAGACCGGCGUACGGCUAGACUACAUCGCCCUACACAAGAAGGGAGGUGGUAGCUCGUUACCCAUCCUGCAGCAGGAAGUGGUCACUGUGCGGGAGAUCCAGCAGAGGUUUCCACAGUUACGUUCUGUGCCGAUCUACAAUGACGAGGCAGAUCCAUUGGUUGGCUGGAACAAACCACUCACCUGGAGAGCAGAUGUCACCUAUGCAGCCAUGGUGGUUAAGGUCAUCUCACAGCAUCAGAACCUGCUCAUCGCUGACCAGAACAGUACCGUUAACUACACGUUGCUUAGCAACGACAAUGCUUUCCUUAGUUACCACCCGCACCCGUUUACCCAGCGCACUCUCACCGCCCGAUUCCAGAUCAACAACACAAACCCGCCGCAUGUGCAGUUACUACGGAAACCAGUCCUGACUGUGAUGGGCCUGUUGGCAUUGUUAGGUGAGACUCAGGUGCAGGCUGAGGUGUUGACUGACGGCUCUGAAGUGAAUUCAUCAGUGGGUGCACUGGCCACCGUUCACGUCCCUCAGGUGCCGAACACAGCCGAUAGCUGGCAGACCACUGUCCUGCUGUAUAACAGCAGAGAUAACCAGACCUCCUCCACCACAGACAUCAUCACCCUGCGCCUCACUGGAAUACCUCAGCGUAAGGGUCUGAUGUAUGUGACACACUACAUGGAUAAUAACGUGACAAACCCAUUUAAACUGUGGGAGAACAUGGGCAGCCCUGACUAUCCCACUGCACAACAGUUCACACAGCUACGGAGCCAAGAGGAUCCACAGACUGAUGGGCCUCUGCCGGUCCCAUCCGAUGGCUCUCUGACGCUGAAGGCAACCCUUCCUGUCCCCUCAGUGCUGCUUGUACACGUUUGUGCUCAGUCUAAGGAAGUGCCCAACCAGUUUGGAGAGGAGAGUGAGGUGAUUGGAGAAAAGAGGAGAGAGAGACGUGAAGAGGAUGAAGGUGGAGGAAGAGUAAUGACGACACAGAGUGUGUCGCGGGGCGAUUAA